ACCUGCUUAUGGGACUCUUUGCUGCAUGACGCCUGCCCUAUUGUUCUCAAGCGGCGGGGUGAAGUUCAGCCUUACCUUCUUCAUCUUUCGUUUUGCCAAACUACAAACCAUCCACCUAUCACCGAUUUCUUAUGAAAAAAGCGACACCAACAACACUACUAGUUUUCAACGAAAAUUAUGAAAGAAGGGGAACUGAAGAAGGAUUAUCUACGACAACCCGUUGUGAUUUAGUCUUCAACUAUUACCGCGACAUCGCGCAACAUGACGACCACGCGAAAAGCCAACGGCGUCUUGCCCGUUUCUUCUACCCAAGCAACCAAUGACGCGCCGAAGUCUAAGGCUAAGGAACCUACUCGAGGAAAGAAAGUCAUUGUUCGUCGCCUUCCGCCUGGCAUCACCGAAGCCGAAUUCUGGGCUAUCCUAGGAGAUGAAUGGAAGAGUGGGAACGGCAAGGUGGACUGGACAAAAUUUCAAGACGGCCACGUUUCACAGGACCCUUCAAAUCCAUCUAGCCCCGCGCGAUGCUAUCUCCAAGUUUUGCGAACCGACGAUAUCCCUGUAUUAGCAGAAGUCGUUCAAAGGUCGAUUUGGGAAGACGAUAAGAAGACGUUUAAUGAUCCAGCACUAGUGGGACCGCCAUACCUGGAGCUUUCUAUAUAUCAGAAAAUACCGACGACUAAGCGCCGCAUGGAUUCCAAGCAAGGCACCAUUGACCAAGAUCCCGAUUUCAUGGCUUUUCUCGAUAGCCUUACCCAAGAUCCAGCCGUGAAAGAAGUCGAGGCCGAACAAAUCGCCGAGGAUUCUCUCAAAGAUAACGUUAAGGUCACAACAACGCCCUUGGUUGAAUACCUUAAGGAGAAGAAGGCAAAUAAGGGCAAGGAAACUACUAGUGCCAAGAGUACUAAGCACGGCCGACAUGAGUCUCAGGGUGGGAAGACAAAAGGGAGCCAGGAAGAUUCCAAGAAGAAGACUAAGGAGUCCAAAACCGAAAAAGCCGAAAAGGCGGCUGAGAAGGACGAGAAGAAAGCAAAGGAACCCAUAAAACUCCUCACUAAGAAAGCAGCAGCCCAAGAGGCGGCGGAAACCGCUAAACCCACCUCCACCUCGACUACCACAACCAAGACAACUGAGGAGGCGGCACCAAAGAGCCGACGAGCUAACAUAGCAGCCGCUGCCAAGAUUUUGCAACGCGACCUCGGUCUCAGCCCUGGAAGUGCGCAUAGAAGAGCUCGCCAGGAUGCGGCUAAGGCGGAAGCAGCUGCUAAAGCUGAUUCCGGCAAAGAGAAAGAUAGCAAGGAUACGGCAUCUACAACUCCCACGGCACCAAGUCAGCCUACCUCAUCAGCGCCCCCGUCUGCUCCAACUGCUCCGAAGGCCCAAGCAGCGGAGAGUUCACGCCGGUCUCGAGGUGCGAAGGCUGCAAAGCAGAAUGCGUCUGGCGAUACGGCUAAGGGCAAAGAUAAUACAGGCAGCACGAAAUCAGCCCCAGUAACCACGCCCGUCAUUCUUAAGAGGAUGGAUGAUACGCCUCCUACCGGGCCUGCUUCAACGACCCCUGCCGCCACAACUUCUGCGACUCCAACUCCCCCAACAGGCCCUAAGGCUGCCGCUGGCAAGGCCUCGUCUAAAUCAGGUCCUUCCCAGAAGAAAGGAUCUGGUCAGCCUUCAAUCACUGCGGGUGCAACACGUGCUUUCGUAAAGCAUGCCAACCCAUCACAGGGGGUUACCGAGCCGCUUCUGAAGCAGGCUAUGGAGGUCUAUGGCCCCGUGACAUUCGUCGAGAUUGACAAGAGGAAAGGUUUCGCCUAUGUUGAUUUUGGAGAUCAUGAGGCACUGGUUAAAGCCAUUACGGCGAGUCCGGUGCCUGUCGCGCAAGGCACCGUGCAAGUAUUGGAGAGGAAGGAAAUUAAGAAGCCAGCGCAAGCCCCGACACAACCAGCGGCUGACAAGGCGAGCAGCGACGCCCCGCCAGAUCGCCCUAAGCGUGGCGGCCGUGGUCGAGGCCGUCGAGGAGGUGGCAACGUGAACAGCGCAAACACGAAUGCGCCUGCCGAAUCAUCUAGCUCUACGACACCAGCACCCGCUGCAGAUUCGAAGGAUUCGAACGCUACAGCACCCCCUGGUUGACUAUGAGUUAGUUGUCGCUAACUUAAUAUCACUCAAGUUUUCAUGAGUAUGAUGAUCACGCCUCGGAUAAUUACGACAGUCGAUCCAUCAGUGCCGCUUGGCUAUAUCCUUGAUAUGGAAACUGACAUUGGCUGCUUUAUGGGUUCUGGAUGGAUAUAACUUCUUUCCAUACAAUCAUUAUGAAAAAGACCAACAGUAUCCGGAGGUGCUCAGAGCAUUGGGCUAUACCGGCUAGGAGUUCGUCUAAUAUGGGUUCACGACCUAUAUAAAAUAGCAGUUGAGUAGGUAGACUUGGCUUGAGCCCUAAGUACCAGCCUUGUUUUAUGACCACCGCUUAGCUAGUUACUUUAUGGUACUAUUAGGUUAGUAGUAUACCAACAUAAUAAUUGACGCUACACCGGCACUCUCAUUAAGAGGGUGAUAGCUAAUAAGGGUAAUAAUAAUAUAUGCCCUCAUCCCCACUCAAGACUGCUUCAAAUGUAUUGGUAUCUCUUGUCCUAUUGGUGAUUCAUCUUGAUCUUUUGAAAAUUGUCUGUUCUCUAUUUAUUAUCUGCUCGACGUAGAAACCGUGCAAGAUUAUGUAAAAGCUUUAGAGAAGCUAUGAGGGGAUAUGGCCGUUAUAUUCCAUUGACGCCC